AUGGAGACCGAGUGGGCUGAGCAGAAAGAACGUCUUGAACAGGAAUUGCAAAAGGCAUCAGAGACCAAUGCAUUACUGCAAGACCAACUCGACGGACUGAUCCCAGGGCAUGAAGCUGAAGCGCCGCAACACCUGCCUGGUACAGCAACGCCAGUGCUGUCCGAGCCAGCAGGCCGUGAGGCUUUGCCCCAACCGAUAGAGAUCGAUUGGAAGGCGAGGCUAGACGCAAAGUUUGCCCAGAAACUUGGUGAUUUCUAUCCGUCGAGAGCGACUGCGACAGCACCACUCCCUGCAGCGUUGGAGCCUGCCCAAGGCAAGGACGAACAAUUCGUCGACGCUCGUGAAACGGCCGACGAACGUAUGUCUCACGUUGGCGAUGGAGGAGUCGAUGGCAAAGUCCCGGCUUCUUCAGGCGAUGCCACCGCGCUGAUGAGUUUUGUGUGGAGAGGGGAGUAUCUUGUCACGAAGCUUGAAGCCAUCGACUACCAUUUGGAGCAUGGCAGCGUUGUCAUUCAACGCACCAAGCGAUUGGAGUUGCCCUCUGAAACCCAUGUGUUUCCGCUGAAAGCAAAAGCAGACAGCCUUGAGCCACCUCCAGAACCAAUUGCUGAUCGUGUGAUCCCUCCUGUACCCGAUCCGAUCAUUCCACAACAAUCUGAUUUGGAGUACACACCAUCCAUCGCGCCUGACCCCGUAGUGGAAUCUGCCCAGGAGAAGGAGCCGCCAGUUGACGUCGAGAUGAAGAAGUCCAGCGCUGAGCCUCGCGAACCUGGGGAGACUAUGCCCGACGGGUCGAUCGUACCGGAUGGUUAUCACUAUGACGGAGUAAGGCUUGUAAAGACCUACAAAGGAUAUCGAGAUGUGGGCAGCAGUGGCGAGGCACCGGAUGCAGCAGCUCGCCUCGCAGCGAUGCCCAAGCAGGAAGGCAUCUUCACUAUUAUCGACCCAGAGAUCGAUGCCAUGCGAAAUGGAAACGUGGACUCAGGGCUGAAGGCAGGCAGUCCCUGGACGAACGUGAACAAAGAUUUGCCAAACGGUAGUGAACGAAUCGCAGAGCAGCAGCAACUAUUCGGUAAGCUAUUCAAAAGCUUCAAGCGCUGCAUUGCAGAUGCCAGCCCGCACAAGCCAAGUGUAACCUUUGAACUGUCAAAGAACUGCAAGUACUGGUCGUGGCCCAGCGUGCAGAAGUUUAUCAGCGACUACAAGCUACGACAGCAUGUGCGCUUGAAGACGUCCGGGCCCGGCCCCGCGAAGCGGGUCACAUUCUCGGGCGCCGCGGCUCGUGCCUUCCAUCGGAGUCCCUUGGAGCGGAUGGGUCUUCUCGACUGGAGCUGUCCGACGCACGGUGUGCUCAGGUCGACCUCCGAAGAGGUGCUUCAACUUGGAGAUCUUGUGAAGCAUUUGGAGAAGGUGGGGUCCAGAAUGGUCCAGAUGAGGGAUGGUUUGGGAUCCAUUUGGGUUGAGGAUGUUGAUUAG